AAUACAUGUAGUAACUAUACGCAAAUGUACGUAAGCAUACAGACAAUAGAUACACAUGUAUAAUGUUUAUCUAAUUUUUUUUGUUUACUCUAUAAAAACAAACAAAAAAUACUUUUGACUUAAUGUUCUUAUUAUAAAUAAUUCACAAAAAUGAUUGAACAGACUUGUGCUCUUUUUGCCGGUAGAGUAAUUUUAGCAAGCAGUUCCCCAAGACGUCAGGAAAUUAUCAAAAAACUGGGCUUUAACGUAGAAAUAGUACCUUCUCAAUACAAUGAAAACCUAGAAAGAUCUAAAUAUAAUAAUCAUGGAGAUUAUAUUAAAGAUUUAGCAAAACUUAAAGUUUUAGAUGUGUAUGAAAGAUUAAAAAAUGAUAAAAUAUCUCCCAAAUUGAUUAUUGGUGCAGACACUCUUGUAUGUCUUGAUAAUGUAAUUUUUGGAAAACCAAAGGAUAAAAAUGAUGCUUUUAGAAUGUUAUCUUGCUUAAAUAAUAAAGUACACACUGUAUUCACAGGUGUUUGCUUAAAAACACCUACAAAAGAAGUUACAUUUUAUGAAACAACUGAUGUCAAGUUUGGAAAUCUUACGGAAAAUCAAAUUAAUGCAUACAUCAAAACUGGAGAACCACUUGACAAAGCUGGAGGGUAUGGAAUUCAAGGAGUUGGUGGUUGCUUAGUUGAAAAAAUAAAUGGUGACUAUUACACCGUAAUGGGGUUGCCAUUAUACUCAGUAAUAAAACAUUUAAAUAACUUAUCCGAUGAUUAAUAAGAAAGAUUCAUUGCGUCAACAUGGAGAUGAACUAGCCGAAGUACUUGUUUCAGCUGUUUUCGUCACUGAAGAAGAAGGUAAAGAAUUUGAUUUAUUCAGUCUCUGCUUGGCAACCAUAAACUGUUCCAUUAACUCGUGAUGAGCUUCUAAUCUUUCUAUACAAUGAAGACAUGCAGUUUUCGGCAGCUGAUCAUUUAUAUUCACCUGUGUAAAUAAAUUUGUUCUCAUUAUUUAUAUAAUUCAAUACUAUUAAUAUUAAAAAUAA